AUGCUCUUCUUCAUCCGCAGGUACCUCAGAAGGCCACCAAAGGCUACCGGAGGAGACAAAGAAAGUUACAAGGAAGAACAGGGAGGGAAAGACGAGAUAGGUAGGCAAUCUCCUCGCACCAUGGAUGGUUCAGAGGGAAGCACCCAUGGCUGCUGUCCGGUAUCUUUAUUCAACCUCGUCGAGCCCAGCAACACUAAGCGCCACACGAGAACCACCACUACGAGGAUCUCACGAUCGAAUUUUGCUAAGCUGACGAAGGAUUUUGUCUUCCCGAACACCCACUUCACCGACCAUGAGUCCCUGCCUGAUCUCCCUGAUGCCUUCUCCAGCUUCAUCACAAUUUAUCCACAGUAUGGUGAGACGCAAGAAGCAGAUCGCAUCAGGAACAACGAAUAUUAUCACCUGGCAGAUCAUGUCUGCCUUGAUUACUGUGGAUUUAGCCUCUUUUCCCAUGCACAAAUGCAUUCCUCCAUACCGUCCUCAUCUACUGAUCAUCUGCCUUGGGGCCUCCUGCAGCCUCCAUUCUUCAGCAUCACUUACAAGUCGGCAAGCUUGAAAUCUCAAGUGCAGUAUGGCAACCAAGAUACUCUUCUAGAAGCAGCAAUCAGAAAAAGGAUCAUGCAAUUCCUCAACAUACUGGAUGGUGAAUACAGCAUGGUCUGUACUGCCAAUAGGACUACUGCUUUCAGGCUGUUGGCAGAAUCCUAUCCAUUCCAUGCCAACAAGGGUUUGCUAAGUGUAUAUGAUUACGAGAGCGAGGCCGUGAAUGCGAUGAUUGAGAGCGCCCAAAGGAGAGGAGCCAAAGUCAUGUCUGCUAGCUUCUCGUGGCCAAGCCUCAGGAUUCAUUCUGGAAAAUUGAUGGAGAAGCUGAGCAAGAGAAAGAAGAAAAGCAGAGGACUGUUUGUGUUUCCACUCCAGUCCAGGAUCUCAGGGGCCAGGUACCCUUAUCUAUGGAUGACUGUGGCCAAAGAACAUGGAUGGCACGUGGUACUCGACGCAUGUGCUCUAGGGCCGAAGGACCUGGACACCCUUGGCCUCUCACUGAUCCAACCAGACUUCAUCAUCUGCUCCUUCUUCAAAGUGUUUGGAGAGAAUCCAUCAGGUUUUGCAGGCCUUUUCAUCAAAAAGUCCAGCAUUGCAGCAUUGGAGUCAUCGACAAUUGCUAGGAGCAUCGGAAUUGUGAGCAUCAUCCCAGCAAGAAGGCUGUCACAACUGACUGAUGAUUAUUCAGGAACAGGUUUGGAUGUUCAUUCCUCUAGAAACCAAUUUGACGAAGAUGAUACUGAGACCACCAAUUCGUUCUCUGGUCCAAUAUCGACACAUAUCUGUAAUGACUCUGCUGGUAUGGAUAAUAUGCUUGGAGAAUCUGCCUCUACACAAAAACAAAAGCAAGUCAAGAGAUCUGAGCAGGGUGAGAGUUCCAAAGAAAAUGAUGAAAACAAAGAAAUAUCAUCAGAUAUUGUAUUAUCAAAAUGUGGCCAUUCCAUUCAAGAAGAGAAGAGCACGACUCUUACAGAAGCAGACAAGAGCAUGGAGAUCGUGUGCAGAGGAUUGGACCAUGCAGACUCUCUUGGUUUGCUACACAUAAACAGCAGAUUACGAUGCAUCGUAAAUUGGUUGGUGAUUGCUUUGAUGAAGCUGCAGCAUCCUCACUCAGAGAGUGGCCAUUACCUCGUCAGGAUCUAUGGUCCACGAAUAAAAUUUGACAGGGGACCUGCAUUAGCAUUCAAUGUCUUUGACUGGAGGGGAGAGAAGAUCGAGCCUGAACUGGUACAAAAGCUUGCAGAUAGAAGCAACAUUUCUCUUAGUCGUGGGUUUCUAAAUAAUAUCUGGUUCCCAGACAAAUAUGAAGCUGAGAAGGACAAAGUCUUGGAGAGAAGAGCCUGUGAAGUAACAGUUGCAAGUAACAAAAGGAAAGGAAGGAGUGAUAUGGGAAUAGAUGUUCUAAAUGCAUCCUUCAGUUUCCUUACUAACUUUGAGGAUGCUUACAGACUUUGGACUUUUAUUGCUAAGUUCCUAGAUGCAGAUUUUGUAGAGAAAGAAAGGCGGAGAUAUUUUACUUUAAACCAGAAAAUGAUCGAGGUGUAAUGUGAACAGGCUGAAUUGUCUACAGUUGACAAUGUUUUCUGCUUGGACUUUCCACAGCAUUGGAAGACAUUCUUUCACCAUGCAACCAUGUUCAGACAAUAAUAUAUUGAUGUAGUAUGGACAACAUCAACUAUUCAUUUUUUUUUUUAA